UUUUCUGAAUGUUGGACUUCACUGAUUGGUUCCUGUUGAUUGUAGAUUCAUUCAGUGUAGUUUUCUCUAUGCAUCUGAUAGAGACCGAUAUUUCUGGAGAAAGAAAAGAGAGAUGAGGUGAAGGAUUACUGACUAUAGGAGAGAACGUUAAGAUUGUCAAACAAAUUUCUUCAACCACUUUUCAGUCGAAUCUGUUUGGAUUUAUGUGGUUCUUCUUGCUAAUGGACCUGUUUUACUCCAUGUUUGACUGUCUGAUCUUUUCUUGACCUCACUUUAGACUUACAGUAAAUAGCUCUAACUGAGUCCUGACCUCUGACCCCAAAUCAAUCUCUGCUGAUUUUGAGGAUGUCGGGCUGUGCCAGACGUUGCAAACACGGGUUAGUGAAGUUUGCUCUGUCUGUAAGCAAACUAGUAACCGGAACUCUCAUUAAAGAUAAGAUCGAUGAUGAAUUGGAGCUGUCUAUAGUUUGUCAUCGUCCAGAGGGUUUGGAGCAGCUAGAGGCCCAAACAAACUUCAGCAAGAAAGAACUACAAGUGCUGUACAGAGGCUUUAAGAAUGAAUGUCCCUGUGGAGCUGUCAACGAGGAGACGUUCAAACAGAUCUACUCGCAGUUCUUUCCUCAUGGGGAUGCCAGCACAUACGCACAUUACCUGUUCAAUGCUUUUGACUCCUCCCAAAACGGAUCCAUCAAAUUUGAGGACUUUGUAACGGCUUUGUCCAUCUUGUUAAGAGGAACAACAACAGAGAAGUUACAGUGGACAUUCAAUCUCUAUGAUAUUAACAGAGAUGGGUACAUUAGUAAAGAGGAGAUGACAGAUAUAGUAAAGGCCAUAUAUGACAUGAUGGGCAGAUAUACAUAUCCCGCUCUGAAGACAGACACACUCAAACAGCAUGUGGAUGCUUUCUUUCGGAAAAUGGACAAGAACAGAGAUGGAGUCGUCACACUUGAUGAGUUUAUUCACUCUUGUCAAGAGGAUGAAAACAUCAUGAGAUCGUUGCAGCUCUUUGAAAAUGUCAUUUAGCCACAGGAAAAGGGGUAUGAAGGGAGGACGAGAGAGAAUAGUGAGAGAGAAUAGAUGAGAGAACAAAACCUAUGAACUUUUAAACCUAAUAAGUGUUCUGUUUAAAAAAAUAACUUUUACACAAUUACCAUGGUAGCCUAAUCUCUUCCACAGAUUGAAAGUUCGAUAUUUAUGCUAAAUGCUCUAUGCUGAUUUUCUAACUGUGAUACAAAUAUUCAGCACAUCUUUUCUUAAGACCAUUUUUCUGUGGCCAUCAUUAAGGUAGAAGUGUUUGACUUUUGCUAAUCCAGUAUUGUGGUCAAUGGCUCAGUGGUUUUCGAUUGAAACGACCAAUCAGCAAUCAUUUAAAUUGCUUUACGCAAAGUGUUUAAGUUGUAAUACAGUCUCAGCUUCUUUGUUUGGUGAUCUGUCCCAACAUUAAUGGUAAUGUUACAGUGUGUUUCUGUUAUUACAGUGUUAAUUACUGUGUUAUAACUAUGUUAUAAUACUGUGCUUGUGAUAAGACGUCUCUAUUCAUCCUGUCACUCACAAUAAUCGCUUGCUGUUAAUCUAAUGAUUGUGUCCAUUAUUAGCAAGAGUUUGUACUCGUCACUCGUACCGUCUCUGAUGUUGGCUUGUGAUUGCUUUUAGCGCCGCCUACUCCAAUAUCUGCUUCUUGAUUGGUCUGUUUGUCUGUCAAGAAGAUCUGUUUGUUAGUGAAUCUCACAAAAACGUGUCCAGGAUAUGUUUACGCCAAAAUCAAAAGAAAUAAAAUGAGAAAUUAUAUAUUGCAUGAAAAUUGAGCCUAUAUGACCAUUAUAAUUUUUUGCUUUUUGACAAUUUUGUAUGACAAUAUUUACUUUUAUAAUAUAUACUCCUUUAACUUUU